AUGAAGACAAAUUGGACCACAGUGACUGGAUUCCUCCCCAUGGGGUUUUCUAGCCAUCAAGAACUGCAGAUCUUACAUGCUUUCCUGUUCAUGGUGAUAUACCUACUGGCAUUAGUAGGUAACUUCACCAUUGUCACCAUCACAACACUGGACAAGCGUCUCCAAUCGCCAAUGUAUUUCUUCCUGAAUCAACUUUCUCUUCUGGACAUCUCUUUUGUUUCUGUCACAGUGCCCCAGUCCAUUAAUAAUUCUCUGACAGGAAAUAGCUACAUUUCCUAUGCUCAGUGUGUGCUCCAGGGUUUCUUCUACAUGUCUUUGGCCUGGGCUGAGUUGUCCAAUCUCAUAGUGAUGUCUUAUGACCGCUAUGUAGCCAUCUGCUUCUCAUUGCAUUAUGACUUCAUCAUGGAUCCCAGAAACUGUAAGAGAGCUGUGAUAGCUGUAUGGGUAACUGGAGGCAUCAUCGGAACUUUGUACACAGUUGCCACAUUUUCUAUCACAUUCCGUAAAGCCAAAGUAAUUCACCAGUUCUUCUGUGAUAUCCCCCAAUUGAUCAAGCUCUGCUGCUCAAAUGAUUACCUUGCAGUCAUUGGAGUGGCUGCCUUCCUGUCUCUGGUGGCCUUAGCAUGUUUCAUCUCCAUUACCUUCUCCUACAUCCACAUAUUCUCCACGGUCCUAAAAAUCCCCUCUACUGAAGGCCGAUGUAAGGUCUUCUCCACCUGCCUGCCAAACCUUUUGGUUGUUUCAUUUUUUCUCUCCACAGGCAUCUGUGCAUAUCUCAAACCAACUUCAGACUACUCAACUGCCUUAGAUCUUUUGCUAUCUAUCUUUUACACAGUAAUUCUCCCAACACUCAACCCUGUUAGCUACAGUCUGAGGAAUGAGACCAUGAAAAGAGCUAUACAGAGGUUAAUAUUGGAUAGAAAAUUCACUGAGAAACAAAUGUUUUGUGGUGCCAUUAAUGACUCUCCAAUAUUAUGUACAAGGAAGUUUUUGUCAGAAGAAUUCCUUCAACAUGUAGUGUUACUGAAAAGCAAUCGAAAUUCAUUGUAG